ACAGAACAAAAAGGGAAAGCACUAGCAGUCAAUGUGAAACCAAAAAUAAAGCUAGCAUUUGGUGUCGUUUCUCAAAUUCAAUGUACACACACACACAUAUAUAUAUUAUACACAGAAAGAUAAAGUGCAACUCUAAUUUUAUUUUGUUUUAUAAUUUUCAUGAAGAGAAGGAAGAAGAGAAGAAAAGAGAAUAAUGACGAAGAAUUCAAUGUCAGUUGGAAAUGUGUUGUGGUUAUGGUGGAAACUGGUUGUUGUUGUUUCUCUUAGUCUUUGUGUAUUAGCUUUUUGGAAGCUACAAAGCUAUUCUCUUUCCGAUUCCGAACAACUUUCCUUUUCUACUUCUUCUCGUAGAUCUCGAGCUGUUGAUGAUUAUAUCGGCAAUCCUAAAGUUGCUUUCCUAUUUCUCGUACGUCGGGAUUUACCUCUCGAUUUCCUUUGGGGAAGUUUCUUCGAGAAUGCUGACACUGGUAAUUUUUCAAUAUAUAUACAUUCGGAGCCUGGUUUUGUGUUUGAUGAGUCUACAACAAGAUCGAGUUUCUUUUAUGAUCGCCAAUUGACAAAUAGCAUCAAGGUAGCUUGGGGAGAAUCAAGUAUGAUCCGAGCUGAGAAAUUAUUACUUGGGGCAGCACUUGAUGAUCCUGCAAAUCAAAGAUUUGUUCUCCUGUCGGACAGCUGUGUCCCACUGUACAACUUUAGCUUCAUAUACAACUACUUGAUUGCUUCUCCGAGGAGCUUUGUGGACAGUUUUCUUGAUAAAAAGGAUGGUCGCUACAACCCAAAGAUGUCACCCUAUAUACCAAUGAACAAAUGGCGAAAAGGGUCACAGUGGAUCACUUUAAUCAGGAAGCACGCGGAAGUGGUUGCAGAUGAUGAUGCUGUGUUUCGAGUCUUCAAGAUGUUCUGCAAGAGACGUCCACCGCUGGAAGACAGUAAGGGGAAAAAGAAUAUGAAACUUCAAAAGCAGCACAACUGCAUUCCAGAUGAACACUAUGUGCAGACAUUAUUGGCGAUGCAUGAUGUGGAAGGAGAACUUGAACGUAGAACGAUAACCUAUACAGAGUGGAACGAAUCUGUGACAAAUAUGGAGAAAAAGGGUUGGCAUCCCAUAACAUUUAGCUAUGCAGUUGCUGGACCUGUACAGAUCAAGCGAAUAAAGGAUAUUCGCAAUGUUUACUAUGCAAGCGAGUACAGAACAGAGUGGUGCCGGAGUAAUUCUACUCUGGUCCCCUGUUUUCUGUUUGCAAGGAAAUUCUCGCGGGGGGCUGCUAUGCGCCUCUUGAGUGAAGGAGUAGUUUCUCAGUUCAACGCCGCCUCCAUAAUGUACUCAACACGACGAUUUUAAUCAGUCUCUUUUUAAUAGUUUUUUUUCUUUGUACUUCGAUGAGGGUAUUAGCUGCCCUUGAUAGAAUUACAACUUGAGUGUGUCACAACACCUUUAGCUUACUGAUUUAGGAAAUAUACAGGUGGAAGCUGAUCGUAGUAUGGUUCAUGUAAGACUUGGUCCUGUAGAUAUUAAGAAAUGGCAUUUCAUUGUAUGGUA